CUCACCUGGUUUACUAUCUGGCGCAUGCGCAGAUCUCUCACCCUGGUCAUUCUCCGUCAAGUCAUGUGCGGCACUUUCUUUCGGAAUCGGAACACCGAAUACUGUCAAAGGCGUUCAUUUGUACCAUCAUCGCAAAGUUCACAGUGUACAUGAAGAGAGGGUCUACAGCACCUUGCGAGGUAUGAAGACAGAAUGUCAAUGGCAGAUCCACUGCCUUCAGGAUUGCUGGAAGCAUGUGUUGUUGUUGGACCUUCGAAUGAUAAACUUAAGGAGGUGUAUGAGUCUUUUCUGCAGGAAAACGGAAGUCCUUUACCUCUACUUGAUCCUGAGGUCCUGCAGGUUCAUGCACCCCCGUUCGUGACCAAAGGGAGCGUUAAUGAACCAGGUGUUGGAAACAUCAGCCGCACUCAACGGCGGUUUUCUUUCAUUAAAAAGAAAAACGACAGACACUUAGCCAACGCUGGAAAAGCCAAGGAAGAAACCACAGAGGAUGUCAGCGUUCCUAAAGACCUGGACCUGGUGGCCCUGCCACAACUUUGCUUUCCAGGAUGUCUUCAGGUAUCUCAGGAGCAGCUGGAAGAAAAAUUCCACUUCCUUGUGUUUACUGACGUCUUUGGAAACCAGUCACAUGGGGUAGUUCUCCAGUACUAUAAACCAGUACAGGAACGGAUGUUAAAUCAUCGGUUCUUAUCCAAGCUUCCACGUCUCUACAGUGCCUAUGGGAUUUGCAUCAUAUCAAAACAUCCGUAUUACAAUGCUCUCAAGGACUGUCUGUCUAGCCUCUUAGGUCGGAUCAAAACCUGUCAAAAUACUGAUAUGGAGGAGGAAGUGAAGGACUUCUCUGCCAAACUGGCUCUUGUGCCAAUUCCUCCCCCUGGUCGGCUGCAUGUGAUGUUCACCCUGCGUCCUGUAACAAUUGUACUUCCAUCCAAAGAAGAUAAACAUCAUCCUGUUAUUGACCUGGAUCUUCAUCUGCCAUUCCUCUGCUUCGGGUCCAAAGAGCUGCUGCAGAUUAUAAGCAGUAUACUCACAGAACAGCGUAUGGUGUUCUUCUCUUCAGACUGGGCCAAACUAACUCUGAUCGCUGAGUGCUUCAUGCUGUAUAUUCGACCUCUGCGCUGGCAGCACCCGCUGGUGCCCACACUGUCCCGACAGAUGCUUGACUUUGUCAUGGCACCGACCCCAUUCCUCAUGGGAUGCCACCUGAGCCACUAUGAGGAAGUAGCCAUGGAGACAGAUGAUCUUAUUUUGAUCAAUAUUGAUGAAGGAACAGUGAGCUCUUCUGACUAUCAUGAGCUCGACCUUCCAGGAGCCCCUCAGACAGCUGCUGAGUGUUUCAAGAGGCGAAGGAAAGGGCUUCAGUUACACUAUGACCUGGAAGUGCUUCAUAAGGCCAUCUGUAGAGAUGCCAAUGAGCUGCGUAUGCAGAGAAGAUGCUGGCAAAACAAACUCAAUGGGGAUAUUCAGAACAUCACCCUUGAGCUCAUCGUGAACAUGUUUAGAGAUGUUGCUGAUCACCUAAAUUAUGAGCACAGGGUUUUUAACACAGAUGAAUUUCUGAAGACCAGGGAACCAGGAGACCAACCGUUUUAUAAAAAGGUCCUAGAAACACACAUUUUCCAUUCGUUCUUAAAAGACCGUUUGGAUGGAAAGUUGGAUACAUUUACCAGAAUGGAGCAGAUCACUCGGACAGAAGACCAAAAAUGGAAAGCAUCAUUGGAUUUCUGUCGCAGACGCACCGUCAAGGAGAUGGCUCUGAAAAAUGAUCGGCCGGACACCGGUUUGAAUAAACGUCUUGGCAUGAGUCUCCCUAACCUGGGAGGAGAGACUCACCCGAGUGUCCUCAGACACAUGUCUCCAACGAAGAUCAUUCCAGAAAUACCUCUAAAUAUACCAGCCGAACCUGUCAAGAUGUUCAAACUGAUCGACUUCCCUCCUCCCUUGAGCUACCCCCACGUGUGUCAUUACUUUGGAGAUCUUGUCCUCCAGCUGAACAAAGCCAUCUCAGCCACCCCGCCCCAUGACUCCAACCUGCUGGCCAGGUACUACUACCUGCGCGGCCUUGUCAACAUGCUCAACUCGAAGCGCUUGGAUGCCCUCAGUGACUUCCAGAACCUGUACAAAACAGAUAUGGAGAUCUUUCCGGAGGAGCUGGUAAGGGUGCUGGUGGGCUCUCUGCAGAUGGAGGAGAAAGCCCAGGCAGAGAGGAGAUCUGAGCUUAGGUGGCUUAUUUCUAAAGUGAAGAGCAAUGAUAAGAGCGAGCAUGUGGAAUCACAUGGUUGCGUGAAGAAGUUCAAGCUUCCUAAGAGUCCGAUGCAACUGGAGGAGUUUGUGAAGUGCACUCAGGAAUCUGGGAUUGUCCGGGACGUGGCCACCAUCCAGAGAUUGUUCGAGGCUCUCGCUGUCGGUAGGUCUUCUUUACCACAGCAUUUAAUUUCUACUUCUCUUACAUUUGUUCUGAUUCCUUUGGCUUCCUCAGGAGAGCAAAAACAAAUAGAUCCGGAGAUGUUCCGUGUGUUUUACACUUUCUGGAAGGAAACGGAGGCGGAGACACAAGAUCUUCACCUACCUGAUGAGGUGAUAGAACAUUUAGACAGCAGUGAGUGUGUGUACAAGCUGUCCAACUCUUUGAACACCAGUUAUGGCGUUGGUAAAAUUGCCAUGACCCAGAAGAGGCUCUUCCUGCUGACCACAGGCAGGCCGGGUUAUGUCGAGAUCACCAAGUUCAGAGACAUUGAGGAAGUGAAGAUAUCCGCGGCUCCAUUCCUGGUGUUGAGGAUCCCGUCUCUGAAGAUCAAGAACCGACUGAAGAAGGAGAUAUUUGAGGCUAAUUUAAAAUCCGAGUGUGAACUGUGGAACCUGAUGGUCAAGGAGAUGUGGGCUGGGAGAAUAAUGGCAGACAACCAUAAGGACCCUCAGUAUGUGGAACAGGCUCUGACUAAUGUCCUGCUCAUGGAUGCAGUGGUGAGCUGCUUACAGACACAGAAACCCAUUCUUGCUCUCUCCAAACUUGCAUAUUAUGAAAGGUUACGCCAUGAAGCUCCCAUGAUUAUUCCCAAACCUACAGCCGAGACACUGAAGCACAAGAUUAAUCCAUCUCAGAACAUGAGGAGCAUUCAGUCUGUUGACGUUUUGCUUUACACGCCAGGACAGCUAACUUUUUCUGCUGAUCUGGAUGGGAACCCUAAGCUCUGGUGUGCUCUCAGCUGUGGGAAAGUGGUUGUGUUUGAUGCUGUUAGUUGGUCCCUGCUACAAAACUGCAUUGAUUUAGGAGAUUCUCAACUGAACUGCAUGAUGGGAUUGGACGGGGAGCAGUUGUGGAUUGGUUCUCAGGACUCUGUCAUUUACAUAAUCAACACUCGCAGUAUGCUGUGUCACAAACAGCUGACGGAGCACCGCGGAGAGGUCACCGAUUUCGCCCUGGAGAAGCUGAGCCACGGACCCAGCCAGGCGCAGGUGUAUUCAUGUAGUGCAGAUGGCACUGUCAUCGUCUGGGACGUCCCCUCUCUGAAGGUGAAGAGACGGGUUCAUCUGACCUGUGACAGAUUACAGUCCAUUCAAGUCCACGACAAUUUAUGGUGUUGUGCCAGAGACUGUGUGAUGGAGCUGAGACACAAUGGAUGUCUGCUUCGUAAGAUUUCUCUCCAAGAAGAUGUAAAAACAAAAGCCAGUGCCUUCAGCAGGAUCACACUGCACAUGGAGAGAAAACAGAUCUGGACAAGUUUCACAGACUCAGCAGAGCUGUGUAUAUUUCACUCCUCUGACCCAACGAAACCACCCAAACGUGUCACACUUCCUGACUGCUGUGGGGUGACCUGUAUGAUCAGGGUGAAGGAUCAGGUCUGGAUUGGGUGUAGCAGUGGUGUGACUGGUCUUAGCAAGGUUGUGGGGAAGAUCUUUGUGUUGGACUCGGAGAGCCUGGUGGUUGAGAAAGAGCUUGAAGCCCAUGAAGACUGCGUACGAACACUCUUCUCAGCAGAGGACCGAUAUGUUCUCAGUGGUUCUGCGAGGCUUGAUGGCAAAAUUGCCAUCUGGAGAGUUGAUUAAAACAGCUGAUGCAUAUUUGUUACGUAUAUUAUGGUGGAUUAGAAUGUGCCACGUGCAACUAGAGACAUUGUCCCAUGCAAGAAGGUUUCUAGAAAACGUUGCUUAUACUGAAUAAUGAAAAUGUGUUUUGAAUUUGGAUUUGUUUCAGAAAGUUUAACUUGAAACAGAAUUUUUCAGGUUUUAGUCUCACAAUGCACACUUUUGGUGUAUAACAUAUUUAAUAAUCUCUCUAAAUGUUCAUGUCUAGUUUAAUGAAUCACAUACACGUACAUUGGCCUUUAUAUGUGUCAUGUUACCCCAUAAGGCUGCUGGUACUGGUUUUGAUUGAAGUUAACCUUUCCUUCGCCACUGAUGUGUGAAAACUGAAAAAACGGCUUGUCAAAUUAUGUGGAAAUAACCAGAAGCUUUUAAAGCUCAGGGUUGUUUGUAUAAAUCGCCCAGCAUUAGAUGCUCUUAAACGGUGAAAUGCUCAUCUCAUCUGUAGGACCGUGUAUAAGUAAGGUCUUAAGCCUUGUGGCUGUAGAAUAUAAAUAACAAUUUUUGUAUAAAAUUAGAAACCCUUUGAAAACCUAAAUAGCGGAAUAUAGAAUUGGGUGAGGUUUGCGGCACUGACAUAAUCACAAUUUCCUGAAAAGCCCCAGAUCAAAGAGUUGAGGUCCAUAUACGAGCACCGGCCGAGGAUGGAUGACAGCCAUAUUUUGUGUAACAGUAUGGGAAUCCUUGUGUUGCCUUUGGAGCGACUUCUGUGAUAGGAAGAAAGUGCGCUUCUGUCAUGUUUGCCUUUGUAGGGAUAGAUGUUUUCAUUUAUUUGUUUCAGAUGUUUAAGGUUAAUUAUCUCACAGAUAGAGUAGAACGAAGCAGACGUUUAAGAACAUUAUCCCUCUCACGCUUAAAUCUAUUAACCUCAGUGAGAAUUAGUUUUUAUUUGUGCAUUUGCAUGUAAAAUUAUAUUUCAACCUACUUUAA